GUGGCGGGGGGCGUGGCCCCGCCGCGGGGGGCGUGUCCGUGCGCGCGGCGUGGCGCGGCGAUGGCGGCGGCUCCGCGGUGGCGGGAGCGGCUGUUCGCGCUGUUCUUCCUGUCGCACGUCCCGGUGACGGCGCUGAUCGAUGUGCAGCCGCUGCUGCCCGCGGGGCUGCUCCCGCACGCCCUGACGGAGCUGCUGCAGUGGUACGCAACCAGCUUCAGGGACCCCCUGAUGCUGCAGCCCCCGGAGUGGUUCAAGGCCUUUGUGUAUUGUGAAGCUUUCCUGCAGCUGCCCUUCUUCCCCAUCGCAGCCUACGCCUUCCUAAAAGGGGGCUGCAGGUGGAUAAGGACUCCGGCCAUUAUCUACUCCACGCACGUAGCUACCACGUUGGUGGCCAUCCUCGCGCACAUCCUGUUCCACGACUUCUCAGGGCCUGAUCACCUGGGACCUCAGACGCAGCGCGAGCGCCUCAUGCUGCUCUCCGUGUACGUGCCCUACUUGCUGAUACCGCUGCUGAUUCUCUUCACCAUGCUCUACAACCCCCACUACAACCACGUGGAGAAAAGGAAACGGAAGUAGUCCGCUCUACAGGUUGUACGUACAACACUGACGCAGACCCUACACUGGCGUGGUCCUCUGGGACAAAUGCUGUGCCAUGGUGGUGGCUGCAGCAGCCGUUCCCAGAGCACCAGCUCCCGCAAGGAAGAAGGGACUUUGUGUGAGCUGAGCCCCGUGGCUGCAGCAGGCGCAGGGAAAGGCGCUUCCCGCCUCUCCCUGUCCCAUCGUGCUGUACUCUGCAAUGGGAAACUGGACUUUAACCCUGUGACGUGUAACCGCGUGGUGGGGGGAUGCUACAGCUGAUCCCUCUCUUCCAAGUUCCCUUUUCCCAAGAGGACUGCCAGGAAACCACUUCAGUAAGAAACGUGUCUUCCAAGAGCUGGUUACACACAGAUCCCCAGAGCGAGGCUUCCAACACAUUCCACAUCCUACAAUAGCUCUGAACAUCCUUGCCCUUUCCUUUACAAUCCCGCCUUCCUUUGCUUCAAUUUUGAUUGUCAAUUAAUUUGCUCAGUGAUAAUGUGCCCAACCUGGAUUUACUAAUGCCUGAAGUUACCUUUGUUGGACACUGAGGCAUAAUUCCUGGGGGAUUCUCAAGUACGUCAGGGAUCGUAAACAAGGGUUUGCAAAUUUCUCUCAUCCAUGAAUUCACUUCUCAUGUGGAAAUAAAUAACUAAACGCAUCAAA